AUGGCCAAGCGAAAGGCAUUCGAUGCACCUGUCUCGGGUGCUGCCCUCAAACGAGCGCGGGAAGCUGCUGCUGAGCCUGCAGUUCUCCAUGAAGAUGAUGUGGAGCAGAUUGCCCCAAAAGGACGAUCCUGGGUGUACAACCAUUUCCACCAGAGGCGUGAUGCAGAUGGUCAGGUGCCAGGCAGUACCUUCUACUGCAACACAUGCAGUUCGGGGCGUCGGGGAACGUCGGACGACCCCAAAGCCAUCAUUACCCUCAAAAAUGCAGCUAUGAACCCGUUGGAGCGUCACCUUGCGAAGCACGACAUUGGCAAGGACACUGUUGGGUCCAAGCCUGGUCAGCAGACCAUGCAUGCCCACAUGAAGCAUCCAAAAGUGAAGAACGAGGAGAUUUUGAAUGUGUUCGCCGAACAGGUGGUCAUCCGACAUGGCCAUCCUUUCAGCAUGUGUGAAGAAGAAGGCUUUAGGCAGUUUGUCUCGGUGCUAGAUGGGCGCUUUCAUUUUUGCAGCCGUGGCAAGAUGAGAGCGAAAGUGGUCCCUCGUGUUUUGGAUAAGAUCGAGGAGGACAGAUUGAAACCAGAUGUGGUGGCGAUGGUCCAUGAGGCCUCGCAGGACGAGAAAACAUGCAUCCAUUUUGCAGCAGACCUCUGGACAGCGUCUACAUCCGGUCACCACUUUAUGGGAACCAUUGUGACUUGGGUGUCUCCUUUCUUUGAGCUCCUCUGCCUUUGCCCAGACAUGGCCUUGUUUCCAGAAGCAAAGACUGCCACGAAUCAGCGGGAGCACCUUCAAGGAGUCAUUGACUUGUUGGGCCUUCCUGUGGGACGCGUUGGCACAUUGACGACGGAUGGAGAGGCCGCCAUCAAGAAGGCCUGCAAUGAAAUCAUGACCCAGUACAAGAAGGACACCAACUGCCGGCACUUGGGCGAACAUGUGCCAUGCGCAGCUCACAACCUGCAGCUGCCCCCGAAACAUCAAAUGUUUCCGCCUGCUUCCGAGACAUCUAAAUCGAAGUAUGAGGCCCAUGCAGAUGUCUUGGACUUGGUCAAGAUGUGUCGCUCCACGGUGCAGCACUUUCACCAGUCGGGCAAAGGCUGGAAGCAGCUUUUGGAGUUCGCGAAGAACAGUGGCGAGAGUCCGAACAAGCUCACCCAGGACACUGAGACAAGAUGGAACUCAACCCUGGACUUGAUGCUCAGUGUUUGUAUGCUUCGAAUGAACAAGCAGAAAAGCAUCCUCGAGUAUUGCAAAGCCCAUCCUUCCAAAUUGCCGAAAUGGACAGAGCUAUAUUUCCUGCGACUGCGCGAUUGUGUGGGCGUCCUCUCUCCUAUUGGAGCCGCCACAGAUGUCAUUCAAGGAAGCAAGUAUGUCACCUCGAGCUUGUACCUUCCUACACUUUCCGCUGUCCGGGCUUCGUUGCAGCCACAGACCCCCAUCUAUGUCAUGCAGCCUGAUGGUUCUGAGAGCCCGUGCUCGCAAGAAGUCUUAACAGACACUGCAAUCAGGCUGCGCCAGUCGCUGCUCCAGGAGUACAACAGCUACUAUGACGACCUUCCUGUCCAAAGCCGCUGCCUACUCAUUACUGCUGCCAUGUUUGACCCAGUCUUCAAGGAUUUGGGGUGGUUGCCAGGACAUGUGAAUGACCCCAAAGAUGAGACAGCAAUGGCAGCAAGAAGGAAAGUCAACGCAACCUUUGCGCAGCACUGUUUGGCAGUCUACAAGCAGAUGUUCGACUCUCCGCCUGACACUCAAGAUGUGUCGGAUGCUCCAAUAACCCCUACGAAGCACAAGUCAGACAAGCUUUUUGCCAGGUUCAGUCAUGCCAGCCCACCUGCUGAUGGAAAGAAGAAGCAAGAGAAGGAGCCAGUGCAAGGCGAGCAGCAGAAAACAGAAGCAUGGUCUUCCUUUCAGUCUGCCUUGAAGCAAGAAGCCUUCGCUUAUUUGCUUGCACCUCCUCCAAUGCACGAAACCUCACCGUUGGUCUGGUGGCGUAAGCAUGGCAGUGAGUUCCCGAAGCUCCUUGUGCCAGCUCGGUACUUCUUGGGCAUUCCAGCUAGCCAGGCUAGCACUGAGCGGCUCUUCAGUGUCGGUGGCAGACGUGAUGACCAAAGCCAUGGACGCCUUGAGCCAACGAUGCUUGGAAGGAUAGUCUCCGCCCAGCAGAAUCUGCCAGCCGUGCAGAUCUACCGGAACCGCAAAGCGGUGCUGUGA